AUGGAACAAAAUAUGAAGGAUGAACUUUUGCUUCGUGUCUCCUCUCCUGAGGCUGGGCUAAGGGGCGGGCAUUUUGCUGUCAUGAGGUUCCGUUUCCCCCUUCUGAGGGAUGGGAUAGAUCCUGUGAAACUUAUUUCAAUAAAUGCUUUAAUGGACAAGCUGCAUCUAAAAUAUGCACAAAAACCAUGGAUUGAAACUCUGAAACUUGUACGUCUUUGCAUGGAUAAACCACCUCGAGGUUCCAUUAGUGUUACCCCACAUCAUCCUUUACUCUCUUGCUUGGAGAAGAUACAGAGGACUUUAAAUGCUAAAUCUUUGUCUACUGUGAUGAGCAGAUUGGAAUUUUUAUCCAAACAAAGGGGGUUGAAAUCUCACAUAAGUCCCAAUGGGACAGCUUGCUAUUUAACAUCAGACAUGUUCUAUGUAGAAGUUCAGUUGGAGAAAGAUGGAAAGGUGAUAGAUGUAAAAUUGGCUCACCCUGGAGAAGCUCCUGUGGUUUGUGAUGACCUAGUGCAGCUUCUAAGGAUGAAGAAUUAUGAUGCCUUUGGAAAGAUUCUAGAAGGCCUGUUAAAUCUGUAUCAAAUUCCAGGAAAUAGGUUGUAUCUCUUAAAUAUAAUUAGCUUUUAUUUGUCAAUUAUUUAAUUCUUAAUAAUCCGUAUUCUCUUUCCUAGUGACAUGAAAGCUAAGGUAUAUCUUGCCUUGCAAUCUUUGGAAAAAGAUCUCUAUUCAAUGUCCCUUCUGUACAGAACACAGGAUGUAAACAGAGUUACUGAAGUACUUCAUGGAAAAGCAGGACACCUUGUGCAAAGAACUGGAGGAACCCCUAUGAACAUUGAAUAUUAUCUAUCUCCAUAUCAAGUUCUGGAAGAAGAGCUGAAUCCUGGCUCCCAAGUAUGUGGAACAAAAGUAUUUGUAACUGUUGGAAGUUCAAACACAACACACAAACUUCCCAUUUCCCCAUUAAUUGUGGAUUCUCAGGCAGGAGAUGGCAACCCUGCUUUUUUACCACUGACUGAUGAACUCAGCAUGGAUUUGUCAGCUUGCUUUUUCUUGAUGUUUCAUCAGCCUUUUCCUAUGUCCUCAUCCAGUAUUCAAGAGAUACAGAAGCUUACAGGCAUGUUUAAUUAUCUGUAAGAUUAAAUA